AUGGAGCUCUUUGCAGCAUCAAUGGAGGAAUAUUUUGGUCUGCUUAUGGGAGUUCUCUUUCUGCUCUUCUUGCCUGGCUUAGUUAUUACGUAUUUCUGGAUUUCUUCUUCCAUGCUUAAGUCUAGGCUUCGAAGGAAUGGCUUAGAUGGGCCUCAGCCGAGCUUUCCUUUGGGAAAUCUCAUGGAGAUGUAUAAGAAGAUAAGCCAUGACAUACAUUCCACAGUGUUCCCCUACUUUGCUCGUUGGAGGAAAAUAUAUGGAAAAGCUUUUAUAUACUGGCUUGGCACAGAGCCCUUCUUGUACAUUGAAGACCCCGAAAUUCUCAGGAAAAUAACCAGUGGAAAAUUGGGAAAGAAAUGGGGAAAGCCUGAUGUGUUCAAGCAUGAUCGAAAGCCAAUGUUUGGGACUGGCCUCGUCAUGAUUGAUGGAGAUAAUUGGGCUCGCCAUCGCAAUAUUAUUGCUCCAGCUUUCUCCACAACCAAUCUGAACAAAAUGAUAGCAAUGAUGGAGGAUUCAACAACCAAAAUGUUACAAGAGUGGGUCAAUCAAGUAAGAAAGGGUGCCAAUGAGAUAGAUGUGGAGAAGGAGAUCACCAUGAAUGCAGCUGAGAUCAUAGCUAUGACCAGCUUUGGAAUAAGCCAAGAGAAAGGCAAGGAAGUCUUCCAAAAGCUCCAAGCCAUGCAAAUCAUGCUCUUCAAGAAAAAUAGACUUGUUGGAGUUCCUUUUAGCAAAUUUUUUUCACCGAUGCAGUCUUAUAAGGCAUGGAAGCUUGGGAAAGAGAUUGAUGAGCUUCUCUUUGACAUCAUUAGCUCGAGGAAGAAAGAGGACAGAGUACAAGAUGAUCUCCUAGGGCUUUUGCUUGCAGGGAACGAGGAGGAGGCGAGGGAUGAGAAGAAGCUAACGAGACGAGAGCUUGUGGAUGAGUGCAAGACAUUCUUCUUCGGCGGCCAUGAAACCACUGGUCUAGCUCUGACAUGGACGCUUCUGUUGUUGGCUCUUUAUCCUGAAUGGCAGAAGCUGCUGAGAGAGGAGAUAAUGGAGGUUUCAGAAGGAAGGCCUUUAAACUCUGAUAUGCUUCCAAAGCUAAUAAAGAUGGGAUGGGUGUGGAAUGAGGUUCUUCGAUUGUAUUCACCUGCCCCAAACUCACUAAGACAGGCGAGAGAGGAAAUAGUCAUUGAUGAAAUCACAGUGGAAAAGGGAACCAACAUGUGGAUUGAUGUGGUUGGAAUGCACCAUGAUAAAGAUUUGUGGGGUGAUGAUGUGAAUGAGUUCAAACCAGAAAGGUUUAAAGAUAGCAUUAAUGGUGGAUGCAAGCAUAGGAUUGGAUACUUGCCUUUUGGAUUUGGAGGGAGAAUUUGUAUAGGAAGAAACUUGUCAUUGAUGGAGUACAAGAUUGUUUUAAGUCUCAUCCUAUGCAAAUUCACAAUGUCUAUUUCACCAGCUUAUGUGCACUCUCCAAGAAUUAUGUUGUCUUUGAGGCCUUCUCAAGGAGUUCCUUUGAUCCUUCAUCCUUUAGAAUAA